AGAGAGAGAGAUAUAGAGUAAAGGAGGCGGAGGAGGUGGAGAAAGAUAGAUAGACAUAGACUGAGAGACAGACAGAGCGCGAGAGAGCGAGCAUGGACAUACUCAGGACUAUCACCCAGCAGCAGCAGCAGCAGCCCCCCGCCAGCGGCCCCCACAGCCGGGCCCCGGAGCCCCGGCGCGGGAAGCCGGAGGACGCCGCUCCGCAGGAGAUGUCGCGGAUCAUCUCCGACUCCAGCACGGGCAGGUGCUACUGCAGGGGCAAAGUUCUGGGCAAGGGCGGCUUUGCCAAGUGCUACGAGUUUACAGACCUGAGCUCGGGGAAAGUGUACGCUGUGAAGAUCAUCCCACACACCCGCGUCUCCAAACCCCACCAGAGAGAGAAGAUUGAUCGAGAAAUCGAACUGCACAGAACUCUUCACCACAAACACAUCGUCCAGUUCUACCACCACUUCGAAGACAAGGAGAACAUCUACAUCCUGCUGGAGUACUGCAGCAGACGAUCUCUGGCUCACAUCCUGAAAGCCCGUAAGGUGCUGACAGAACCCGAGGUCCGGUACUACCUGAGACAGAUCGUUACGGGUCUGAAGUAUCUCCACGAACAGGAAAUCCUCCACAGAGACCUGAAGCUCGGGAAUUUCUUCAUUAACGAGGGGAUGGAGCUGAAGAUCGGGGACUUCGGUCUGGCAGCGAAGCUGGAGCCUGUGGAGAACCGCAGAAGAACGAUAUGCGGAACCCCCAACUACCUAUCUCCUGAAGUUCUCAACAAGCAGGGCCACGGCUGCGAAUCAGACGUCUGGGCGCUCGGCUGCGUUAUGUACACCAUGCUGUUGGGCCGGCCCCCGUUUGAAACCACUAAUCUGAAGGAGACGUAUCGGUGUAUACGGGAGGCGCGGUACUCCAUGCCCUCCACGCUGUCGCCUCAGGCCAAACACCUCAUCAGCAACAUGCUCGCCAAGAGCCCCGAGGACCGGCUGCGGCUCGACGACGUCCUGCGGCACGACUUCUUCAGCCAGGGUUUCACUCCAGACCGACUGUCCUCCAGCUGCUGCCACACAGCUCCAGACCUGCAGCACACCAGCCCCGCCAAGAGCUUCUUCAAGAAGGCGGCGGCGGCUCUGUUCGGCAGCAAGAAGGACAAAGCCAAGUACCUGGAGACUCUGAAUAAACUAACAGUGAAGGAGGAGGAGGACAUCCACAGACUGAGACACGACCUGAGGAAAGCCUCCAUCAGCAACCAGCCCUGCAGACCAGCUACUGAGGACAGUAAACCACCAGUUCCACCAAUCGGAAAGCCCGGCGUUCCAGCCAAGGACGGCAGCAGCAACAAGCAGCAGAUCCGCGACACCAUCCGCAUGAUCGUACGGGGAACGCUGGGGAGCUGCAGCAGCAGCAGUGAAUGUCUGGAGGACAGCACCAUGGGCACCGUGGCCGACUCUGUCGCCAGAGUACUGCGCGGCUGCCUGGAGAACAUGCCUGAAGUGAACGAAAUCCCGAAGGAGAGUCUGAGCUGCAGCUUUCAGUGGGUGACCAAGUGGGUGGACUACUCCAACAAAUACGGCUUCGGCUACCAGCUGUCCGACCACACAGUCGGAGUUCUCUUCAACAACGGCACCCAUAUGAGCCUGCUGUCUGAUAAGAAGACGGUGCAUUACUAUGCAGAACUGGGUCAGUGCAUGGUGUUCCCCACCGCUGAAGCUCCAGAGCAGUUUGUGGGCCAGGUCACCAUCCUCAAGUACUUCGCACAUUAUAUGGAGGAGAAUCUGAUGGAUGGUGGUGAUCUACCCAAUGUGACAGACGUUAGUAAGCCCAGGCUGUAUCUCCUGCAGUGGCUGAAGUCUGACCGCGCUCUCAUGAUGCUCUUCAACGACGGCACUUUCCAGGUGAACUUCUACCACGACCACACCAAGAUCAUCCUGUGCAGCCAGAACGAGGAGUAUCUCCUGACCUACAUCAACGAGGAGCGAGUAUCCACCACGCUACGCCUCAGUACGCUGCUGCGCUGCGGCUGCUCCGCGGAUCUGCGCAGCCGGAUGGAGUACGCCCUCAACAUGCUGUUACAGAGAUGCACCUAAAGACCUGGAAUGGAAUGAAUUGAACUGGACUAAAAACCUGAUUUUGAUCUCCGUGGACUGGAUGGACUUUUUAUUGACCACCGUUCACUGGAGCUUUUUCAGUAGGGCUACAGAUCUUCAGGAGUGCGGUACACCGUCCAAUCACUGAGCGACUCGGACCUAAAGGACUUGAACAAAGACCUGAAACGGAUCAAAAGAGCUGGGCUGGAUCCAGAAAAGCAUCAAAACCGUAAAAACGGACUUGCAGAAGAGAUAAAACUAAUGUUUGUGUAUAUAAUUAUACAGAUAAUAAAUAUAUUGGAGCGAUCUUGCCAUGCUGAAGCUGGACCGUCCGUGGGAACCGGACCGGAACCGGGACCGGGACCGGCUUCAGCGGGGCAGGGUGAUGUGUAGCUCUGUGUAGAGCAGACCACUGUAAAACUGUGAAUACAUUCCAGCAGGAGGUGUGGACUCCAUGGUGAAGUAUGCUAGAACCCGUGCUGUAGUUCUGCUCCCUGCGUUUCCUCGCCGUCUGGAGAUGGAUCAGGAUCAGGAUCCGGGACAGUUGGAGACAGGAGGGACGUUCUGCGCUAGUUUGCCGUGGAUGUAACUUAUUUGACAGGAACCCAGUAUUUAUUUAUUUAAUAAAGAUAACCUUAAAAUGA